CUGGGCAGGGCCCCACAUACCGCUCAACCAAUCAAGUCGCCUUUCGAUUUUGACGGCCAAAUUUUUUCUGCAACACUGCUUCCCUUGCCAAACCGCUGCAGCACUGCCGAAGACGCAAUUAACGAUCAACUCGCCCAAGGCCGGCCCGUGAGACCGAUCGUGACGCCACGGACCGCCUGUCGAGCAUUGCGAACUCCGAAGAUGGCCGGAGAAGGAAGCACGUCGUCGUCACUAACAUCCACAUCGCACACGCUCACACACCCCGCCCCAACCAGCAACGCCAUGGCUGCGACCACCACCGCCCCUCUCGAGGCAGCCUCCAUGCUGGCCUUCCUCGAUUCCCUCAAGGCCGAGAAUCGCCACGCCUUCCUCCAGCCUCCGGCCUCGAUACCUACAGCAUCUUUGCACUGGGCUAAGCAGGCGCUUGACGCCUUCGCCGGACAGGUCAGCGACGAGCAGCAGGCCGCCCGGCUGCGCGACAGGAAGAGAAAGCGAGAGGCCAGGCCCAGUAGCGACAUACUGAAGAUACGAAAGGUCCAUGUGGACGGCUUCGAGACCGGUCAGGUGUGGCAACAGGCCAGGAGGAUCAUCAACAGCGCCCUCAGCCUCUCCGAGAACGUCCUGCAAGACCUGAAGGAGAACGGGCAGAUCCAGACAGACGAAGCAGAGUCCAGCAAACUGAACGGUGAUGCGUCAGCGACUUCGACCGACGAGAGUGCAUCUGAGCUCGCCUCGUCCGAAGAGGACGCGUCCGCCAGCGGCUCAGACGAGGACGGGGAGGACAAGUGGGAAGACGCCGAGUCGCAACAAGGUCGAAGUGAAGCGUCAGAAAGCGAUGAGGACGACGGCGAAGACAUUGAGGAUAUCGAGGAUGAGGGACUGCACGAAGACGACGAAGACGACUUUGACGAACAGCCCGACAACGUAUACGUCGAGGAUCCACAUGGACUCAACGACGGGUUCUUCUCAAUAGAUGACUUCAACAAGCAGUCGCAAUAUUUCGAGGACCAAGACGCCAAGGCCGAUCCAUUCACGGACCAAGCAGACGAUGAUGACGAGAUUGACUGGCAUGGAGAUCCCUUCGCUGCACCAAAGGGCCAGGCUUCGAAGAACAAUAAGGGACAGGAAGGCUCGGAGGACGAGGAAGAAGUGGACGCGGGAGGCGAGGAAGAUGAAGACGAUGAUGGCCCAACUUUUGGCGACAUGGACCUGAACGCCCCGGAAGGUGCAAGUGAUGAUGAGGGCGACCUGGCAGACGGGGUUCAGGGAGACAUGGGCCUCGAUCUCACAGCGAACGACAUCUACUACCAAGACUUUUUUGCACCCCCGCCCAGAAAAGCAAAGAAGGGAGAGAAGCCGAGAAAACCCAGGCCGACGAGACAGGGGACGCCGGAUGGACGGGAUGUGGAGCGGGCCAUGGAUAACGUUCGGCGAGAUCUGUUUGACGACGUCUCGGACAACUCGGACGAGGAGGAUGCUUUAUCGGACGCCUCCGCUGGCGACCCAAAGUCUCGCCGGUCGGCACAUGAACGUCGACAGGCCAAGUUAUCCGAAGAGAUUCGCAAGAUGGAGGCUGAGCUUGUGGCCAAGCGCGCAUGGACGCUCUCUGGUGAAGCAUCAGCAUCUGCACGGCCGAUGAACUCGUUGCUGGAGGAAGACCUGGACUUUGAGCACGCAGGCAAGCCCAUCCCCGUCAUUACGGAAGAGGUCAGCGAGGAGCUGGAGGACCUCAUCAAGCGGCGUAUUAUCGCGGGCGAGUUCGACGGGGUACCAAAGCGGAGACCGGAUGCGGACGUUCCUGCCGACGUGCGGCGCGGGCUUGUUGAACUCGACGACGCCAAGGCGAAGCAGAGCCUUGCUGAGAUCUACGAGGAAGACCACGUCAAGGCCACCAACCCAGACUCAUACGUCAAUGCCAAGGACGAGAAGCUGCGGAGAGAGGAGAAGGAGAUCGAGACGAUGUGGAAGGACAUCUCGGCAAAGCUCGACUCCCUCAGCAGCUGGCAUUACAAGCCCAAGCCGGCGGCGCCUUCGCUGCAAGUCGUGGCGGAUGUCGCGACGAUUGCGAUGGAGGACGCACAGCCGACGACCGCGCAGGGUGUCAGCGGAGGCGAGAGCAUGAUCGCCCCGCAGGAGGUGUACAACCCGGGCAAGGACACAGCGGAGAAGGGCGAGGUGGUGGCCAAGAGCGGGCUGCCGGUCGCGAGACAGGAGAUGAGCCGGGAGGACAAGGUCCGCAGGCGCAGGCGGGAGAAGGAGAGGAUCAGGAAGGCCGGCGGGGAGACGACCAAGAUCAGCAAGAAGGCGCAGGAGAAGAAGGACACGAUGGCGGAACUAAAGAAGGGCGGUGUCAAGGUCAUCAACAAGAAGGGCGAAGUCAUAGACAUGGAAGGCAAGAAGCCACAGGCUGCCAAGGCUGUCACCAGCGGGAACUUCAAGUUGUAGAUGGAAAGUCCUCUGCUUUGAAUUAUCAUACGAAAGCGUCAUUGACGGGCUCAGCUACAUCCUCAGCCUUGUCGGUUUUGUUUUGUUCUGUGUGCCUUUUGAAGGAGGUUCAAGCUGUGCUCGUAUCUGGAACAAAGCGGGCAGGGUUAUUAUGACGGCCUGUCCCUCUUGGAUGCCCAGAAAAGGAGUCAAACACAGUGCCGCAGUGCCGCAGUGCCGCAGUCCUGUAGUGAACAAUAGUCUCAUUUCAAGCCACCGUCUU